GAUAUCUGUACUUAUUUCGCUGAAGAGCACAACGUGGACCAACGCCGUAAGCAACAAGCAUGGUUAGAAAAUUAAAGUUUCACGAGAAAAAGUUGUUAAAAAAGGUUGAUUUUAUAUCAUGGGAGGUAGACAACAAUUUACACGAGGUGAAGGUGAUGAAAAAAUACUACAUACAAAAGAGGGAAGACUACACAAAAUACAACAAGCUAUCAAGAUACGUAAGGGAACUGGCAAACAAGAUCAAAGAGGUUGACAUUAAAGACCCUUUCAGGACAGAAGCUACAUCUCAGCUGCUGGAAAAAUUACAUUCCAUGGGACUGAUUCCAACAAAGAGAAGUUUAGCCUUAGCAGAUAAAGUCAAUGCCUCUGCAUUUUGCAGACGACGUCUCCCAGUAGUAAUGGUAAGAAACCACAUGGCAGAAACUCUCAAGUCGGCUACUACAUUCAUUGAACAGGGACAUGUUCGUGUUGGUCCUGAGGUGGUGACAGAUGCUGCAUUCCUGGUCACCAGAAACAUGGAGGACUUUGUCACCUGGACAGAUACUUCAGCCAUCAGGAAACAUGUGCUAGAGUAUAAUGAAAUGAGAGAUGAUUUUGAUCUCAUGGCAUGACGGAAUUCAAGCUUUCUGGAGUCUAGUGGUGAAUACAAAGGAGUGGUCAAGCUGGGAGACACAUGGCAGGCCCUGGGAAUACAGGGUGUUGAUUGAAAGACCAUCCUGUAGCAUACUGGUAUCAAGACAGCCAGAUGCUGGAUGAAAAAGUUUCUGUUGCUAGGUGACCCUGGCUCAGCUCUGUGUAUUGUUUGGAGCUAAAGUUACUGUUGCUCAGCAGUAUAACUGGGUGUCAGGGUAUCUGUAGCAGUUGCUACAUAACACCUGUGCAAUGCAAGGAACCACGAUAGUGAUGUUAGGAGCAGGAAAUUGUGACCAAGUGGGCUGAAAUAUAAACUUAAUUUGAUAUCACAUCAAAAGGCUUGCUGAAUUGUAGUUGUCAGAAAGUAGACAUCAUUUAUCCAGUUGAAAAGAUCCCAACUUGAUGCGUUAUGCAAGUAAAAAUGAAGUGGGUCUAACCGCAGUUGCAAUCUUUAGGAAAUGUUUUGUAUAAACCUUUCGAUUCAAAAUUGGCUAAUUGUGUGAAAUAAACUUAAGAAAACUUCA